GAGACUAGGGAUGUGGAUUCUAGUGGGGAAGAUCAAAAUUCAGAGCUCUCCUGUUUGCUGCAAAGGAAAAGGACCUUUGAGCUUAACAGGUCGGUGGUAAUUUGGAGACUUUCAGGGGUGUCGCACUGGAAGCUUAACCAAGAGCCAAGGCGUCUUGUUCUCCUCCCAGACACUGACCAGCUGGGGUUGAAAAGCUAGCAAGUGAGCGAAGGAAGGAGCCGGAGGUAGAGAAGGUGGGGACGGCAGCUCCCAGCAAAGUUUGACAGGGUCUACGGCCAUGAGCGAACUGGCCACGCAGAAGUCUGGUGAAGGCACCGUGUCUCGCCUGCUCAAUGUGGUGGAAAGUGAGCUUCAGGCGGGGAGGGAGAAGGGAGAUCCUACAGAGAAGCAACUUCAGAUCAUCUUGGAGGAUGCUCCCCUCUGGCAGAGAUUCAAGGAAGUCACUAAUGAAAUGAUCGUGACCAAGAAUGGCAGGCGGAUGUUCCCUGUUUUGAAGAUCAGUGUCACGGGACUGGACCCCAAUGCUAUGUACUCCCUUCUGUUGGACUUCGUCCCGACCGACAGUCACCGCUGGAAGUAUGUCAAUGGGGAAUGGGUACCCGCAGGCAAGCCAGAGGUCUCCAGCCACAGCUGUGUCUACAUUCACCCGGACUCCCCCAACUUUGGGGCUCACUGGAUGAAAGCUCCCAUCUCCUUCAGCAAAGUGAAGCUGACCAACAAGCUUAGUGGAGGUGGGCAGAUAAUGCUGAAUUCUCUGCAUAAAUAUGAACCUCAGGUUCACAUAGUGCGCGUCGGAGGCGCCCAUCGAAUGGUCAUGAACUGCUCAUUCCCUGAAACUCAGUUCAUCGCUGUGACUGCUUAUCAGAACGAGGAGAUAACAGCUCUCAAAAUCAAGUACAACCCUUUUGCCAAGGCCUUCUUGGAUGCCAAGGAAAGACACCACCUCAAGGACAUUCCAGAGGCCGUCUCUGAGAGCCAGCAUGUGACCUACUCUCACCUGGGAGGCUGGAUCUUUUCCAAUCCUGACGGCAUGUGCACAGCCGGCAAUGCCAAUUACCAGUAUGCGACGCCUUUGCCUCUGCCUGCUCCCCACACACGCCAUGGCUGUGAGCACUACGCUGGCCUCCGAGGACAUCGGCAGGCUCCCUACCCUUCUGCGUACAUGCAUAGGAACCAUUCUCCCUCAGUGAAUUUAAUAGAGAGCUCAAGCAACAAUCUGCAAGUUUUCUCGGGGCCGGAGAGCUGGACUUCCUUACCCUCCACACCCCAUGGCGGCAUCCUGUCUGUACCCCACACCAGUGGGCCGAUCAACCCAGGGCCCAGCCCCUAUCCGUGUCUGUGGACCAUCAGCAACGGAGGUGGGGGCCCUGUGGCAUCCGGCUCGGAGGUGCAUGCCAGCGCCUCAGGAACCUUUCUCCUGGGGAGCCCUACUGUCACUUCACCUUCCUCUCUGCUCCCCACCCAAGCAACUACAUCAGCUGGCGUGGAGGUCUUGGGUGAGCCUUCGCUGACCAGCAUUGCCGUGUCCACCUGGACAGCCGUGGCCUCACAUCCCCUCCCAGGCUGGGGUGGACCAGGUGGAGCUGGACGCCAUUCCCCCUCUUCAUUGGAUUGUUAGGAGGGGCCCCCUGAGCCGCUGCCAGCAGAGAACUGUGUAUGUAUGUGCAUAGCAACCUCAUUGCUGGUUCCAGGCAGUCGAGCUCCUGGUCUCUUCACCCAGAGGCCUGGAGGGGUGCAUGGUGAUGCCCAAAAGCCUCCCCAAAAGUGGUUUAGUCUGGGGGAUGCUGAUUUUACUACUUGCGUCUCCCACUGUUUCCUGUGGUU